AUGGUUACUACCAGUGACUCUCCUACUCCCUCUGUUACUGCCAGUGAUGCUUCUUCUGGCCAUGGCGGUUCAGUCUCUUUGGAUACUAGCCACCCUUACUUUCUCCACCCUUCUAACUCUCCUGGUAUGACUCUUGUCACCUCCACCUUUGAUGGCCGUGGUUAUGGUGGUUGGAGGAGGUCUCUUCUCAUUGCCCUCUCAGCUAAAAAUAAGUUGGGCUUCAUUGAUGGCAGCUGCAAGUCUCCUCCUCCUGAUUCUCCUUCCUUCAACCUAUGGGCUAGAUCUGAUGAUAUGGUUACCUCCUGGCUUCUGAAUUCCCUCUCCAAGGAAAUUGUUUCCAGUGUUAUUUACUCCAAAUCUGCCCAAGUUCUUUGGACUGACCUUGAAGAUAGGUUUGGCCAAACCAAUGGUGCCAAACUCUAUCACCUGCAGAAAGAUAUCAGUGACUUAACUCAGGGCUCUAGUGAUGUUGCUAGAUAUUUCACUAAGCUGAAGUUGCUAUGGGAUGAGCUUGAUUCUCUUUAUUCUUCUGUUACUUGUUCUUGCAAUUGCAUCUGUGGGGGGAAGGUUAAACUGGUGAAAUCUCUUCAAGAUGAGAGGCUCAUUUAA